AUGCUGUCCCCUCUUGUAUUGACGUUGAGCACUUUGCUUCCUGCGCUAUCCGGUGCACAGCGCAUUCGCUCUGAUCCCGGUGUCGCUGGCCCAGCUCUUGAGAUUGUGCAUCUGUACAACGACCAAUGGCCUACUGGAAUCACCGUAUCGAAAGGCGGCCGCAAGUUCUCGAAUUAUCCGGCAGGCCUAGAUGCUAACAACACAAAUACGGGUACCAAUAACAAGUAUGCCGUGGCAGAGCUCACGACUAACGGCACCGAGACACCCUAUCCUAGCGUGGAGAUUAAUAACCCGCCAAAUGGAGCUAUCAACUACACAACAACUCCGCCGACUGGUGCAAACUACCAGAAUUACCUCAUCGGCGUACAGAGCGUAGUCUUGGAUCCCCAAGAUCGCCUAUGGAUCUUAGAUACGGGACGCGCAUUGACUGAAGAUGGUACAUUAGUCAAUGCGUCUCCUGGCGGUCCCAAGCUUGUUGGAGUAGACAUUGAGUCUGACACAGUGAUUCAGACUAUUGUCUUCCCACCCACGGUAGCAUUCCCAGACUCGUACCUAAAUGAUGUCCGCUUCGACUUGCGACCUUCCGUCUCUGCUUCUGGCAAAGGAGUAGCCUACAUCACCGACUCAUCGUCUGAGGGCCGCAAUGGAAUCAUCAUCGUAGAUCUAGGCACAGGCGAGAGCUGGCGCCACCUCGAUGGUGCAAAAGAGACGAGGGCUGAGAGGGGGUUCGUUCCAUAUGUCUGGGGUCAACCGCUUUACUACAUUCCCGGUCCUGGUCAACCGCUUACCACUGUACCGUUGGGUAGCGAUGGUAUCGCCUUGUCAGCUGAUGGUGAAUACUUGUACUUUGGCCCCGUUGGUGGACGCACAUUGUACAGUAUCCCUACUGAGCGCCUACGGGACCGCAGUCAAGUUUCUGAGCUCUUGGCGCUGGGUGCCGUGAACAACAAGGGAGAAAGGGGUGUUAGUGAUGGAUUUGAGACGGACACCAAUGGCUUCAUCUAUGCGGGUAAUAUGGAGCAAAAUGAAAUCGGGUUUCACAACCCGAUGAAUGCGUCUAUGACGCUGUUUGUGAGGGACCCAAGGAUCAGUUGGGUGGACACCAUGUCUGUCGGAAGCGAUGGUUACCUUUACUUUACCGACAACCAACUUGCCUUCAGCUCGGCCUUUUACCCUGGCACGGAUCGGAGGGAACGACCAUUUGUGCUAUUCAGGGCGCGUUUGCCUAAUAACGGUUCGAGGGUUUUCUUGCAGUAA